AUGGCCCUUUCGAUUCCUGUGGCGUGGCGUGAUGCGCACCACCACGGGCUGGACGGCGUAGUCGAGAUCUGCGCCUCGGAUUUCACCAAGACCCAAGUGGAGGGUGCCUCCGUGCAAGAUUUGAUCAAGCUCGUCAACAAGAAGGUCCGGAAGGCAGCGCCAACGGAGAGCGUCGUCCACGAGGUGGCGCAGAUGCUGCUGCACGGCGUGCGGCCGCUCGAAAGGGGCUACUAUGAUGGUGUUUGUCACGACGCUCUCUGGGAGAAUCGACGCUAUUGGAUGCACACCCACGGAUAUGUGGCGUCCAUCAAGGCCAGGAUCCAAGACAAAGAAGGCAUCGCGCCUGAAGACCAACGUCUCACUCAUGCCGGCAAGCGCCUCCAGGACCACCUCACGCUUGCCGCCUACAACAUCCAGAAUUUGAGCACUGUGUAUCUGUCGGCGAGGCUGCUUGGCGGCUUUAAGGGCGCGACUCCAACACACACUUUUGCCGACGUCUCGGAUGGCUCGAUCAUCACGGCAGUGGGAUUUUCUCCGCACGCUCCCGAGUGGCGCCGCUGCAGCAAAGGACUGAACAUUGAGGGACGGUGCAGCAAUCCCUCGUGCCGAGCUUACCGCUGUAUGGUCAUCGACAGGAAGAGAUUUCGGCUGUUCAACCUCAUUCGAGAUGAUGAUAUCCGCUGCCCACUUUGCAGUGUCCACGUGACGCCUGUUACCUGCGGGUUGUACGACUGUUACUGGCGAUACGAAGGCGUGAAGGCGAACUCGCGUGUAUCUGUCAGCUCGGUGUGGGAGGAGGCCAGUGGCUACGUCUACCACCGCUUCAAUGCUGACGGAAACCAUAACUCCAUUGAAUGGGCGAGUCUCGUGAUCAUGGUCAAGUCGAUGGAUGAAGCGACUCCUGCGCGGUUGACGAGUGCGACAGAGUCUGGCAGCGUCAGCGAAGAUGAUACGUGCUCUAUCUGCUGGUCCUCCUUUGGCUGGCCUGCCAUCCGCGCGACUACUACGACGCACUGCGGCCACACUUUCCACCGCGUGUGCACUGAGAUGUGGUCCAAGCAGUGCAAGGCCAACAACACGCUUCCAAGCUGCCCGAUUUGCCGCAGAACGUUUUGA